AUGCCAUCCCUCAUGGAGCUGCUGCCUUUGGCUGUGGCGUUCGCCGCCGUAAUCGGCGGCUUUCUCUGGUACAGCAGCAACAGCGGUGGAAGCCGCAAGGUGCUAAAGCCGACUGAGUUCCAAGAAUUCAAGCUUUCAGAGAAGACAGUCCUCUCGCACAAUACCGCCAUCUACCGCCUUGAACUUCCACGCCCUACCGACAUCCUUGGCCUCCCCAUUGGCCAGCACAUUUCUCUUGCCGCUACUAUCGAGGGUCAGCCGAAAGAAGUUGUACGCUCAUACACUCCCAUUACAUCCGACGAAGACAAGGGCCAUGUCGACCUCCUCAUUAAGUCAUACUCCACCGGUAACAUCUCUAAGCACGUCGCGGGCUUGAAGAUCGGAGACACAAUCAAAGUCAAGGGCCCCAAGGGCGCCAUGGUCUACACACCCAACAUGGUCAGGCACUUCGGUAUGAUUGCUGGUGGUACUGGUAUUACGCCUAUGCUACAAGUUGCCAAGGCUAUCAUGCGUGGACGCUCUACAGGUGAUAAGACAGCCGUCGACCUCAUUUUCGCCAACGUCAACCCCGAAGACAUCCUACUCAAGGACGAGCUUGACUCGCUAGCGGCCAAGGAUCCCAAGUUCAAUGUCCACUACGUUCUGAACAACCCACCCGAGAACUGGACUGGUGGUACUGGCUUCGUCACUGCCGAUAUGAUCAAGGAGAAGCUGCCAUCACCUGCCAACGAUGUCAAGAUCCUCAUUUGUGGACCGCCUCCUAUGGUCGCGGCCAUGAAGAAGGCGACUGAGAGUCUGGGCUACGCCAAAGCAAGGCCAGUCAGCAAGCUGGAAGAUCAGGUCUUCUGCUUCUAG